GAUAUCGCCUGUCUCGACGCUGCUACCAUAACAUGUCUGUCUAUUCGUGGUAGACGUGCUGAUCCUAAAGAAUUCGACGGGUGUGCGUUUCUGAAAACCUGGAUGGUGCAGAGAAUCAACAACCACGUGCACAUCCUUCUGGAUGAGCCCGAUCUAGAUGUGAAUAUUGUAUUUUUCCACGGCUUGCAGAUGCAGAAAGACUCAGACGCAGUGAGUGCGUACUGGAGAACAUGGAAGAUGAGAAACAGCGAAGAAUGCUGGCAGUGGAGUUGCUCCCACGACUUCUCGUCCACGAGAAGAGGAAUGUCAAAGUCAAGGUGCUCGCGGUAGCGUGCGAGGCCAGAGCAGACUUGAGUUAAGAAGACAAGGCAAUGAAGCGACCGAUGAGUAUCUCAUAGAUGAAAUUUCUGACUCAGAUCCUCAUAUUCGACAGCGAAGGAGUCGGGCAAAAGGGAAGGAGUGCCAGUGGUUCUCGUUGGGCCUGACCUCGGCGGAAUAUUGAUAAAGACAUUUGUUCUGGAGGUAGAAAGGAGAGCAAUCUUGCUCGGAUGAGGAGGAACUCGGCAAGUUCCUCCGCAAUCUGGUGUGGCAUAGAAGAAUCGGUGUUCUUCUAUGCCAUACCUCACUCUCGAUCGAGGAUUUUGGGACUGCCAACAACCGUGGAUGAAUUGGAGCGGAAUCGGAUGAUCUUUCUGAUGGAGUUGUUGAAAAAUCACACAGCAAGAAUGAAUGAGGAAUUCUCUCAAUACAGAUAUCGGUCUAAUGACUCGAAACCAAAGCGGGCAAGAUUCACUUCAUAUGCGUUCCAUGCCUUACAUGAGACAAAAUUGUUGUUGGCAGGGGGGACCGAUAUGUCCAGAUAGUUGAGGAGGCAUCCGCCAUGGCGAACAAUGACCUCUUUUACUACACAACAGCAAGCCACUACACGGUUUGUCAACCCCAAGAUGAAAUUUUCGACGAGCGUUCAAUUGUUUGCGAAGCUAGUAAUCUCCCGGGUGCAAGAGCGAAGAAGGAAGCCGAUAUCAACCUGUCAAACCCUAAACGAGUAAAACAUCGAUGGAAGCAUUAGUCGGCGGCAAAUUUUACGUUUAGCAAAGAUCCAUUGUAUAUAUUGCCGAUUCUUGCUUGUUGUUCUGUACAUAUGUACAAAAAGGUUGUGAUCCGUGGACGAACUCAUAGUCUAGGAGGGAUGGAUUUAUUAACUACAGUCAAUAUUCAAAACUGUCAGCAGAAAAUACGUAAGAUAGCUAGUCUAGGGCUUUCACCACUAAGGGCCAAGUAUGUUCACAUAGGCCUGUACACCUGAUCAUUUGGUCCGAAGGUACAAUUUCCAGUUAUAGAUGCGAUUUUUGGAUACAGCUUAGGAUUGAUUUGUAAAUUGGAGAAUGACAGGAUGAGCUUUAAAUAGCUUCUCACUGACUGGAUUUUGAUUUUCUUCAGACAGCUGAUAGCAAGGGCAUAGAUUUUAUACUUUCACACAUGUAAGUAUUAACCUCCAUGGCUUGCCAUCCAGUUGAUCAAUGGAAUAGGUUUCUGAGAAUCCAUGUAACAACAUCUCAACGAAUUGAG